UUUGGGGGAUGGGCGGGGGGCGGGUUGUAAUGUUGCAGAAAAGGUAAACCUUUAUCCAGCUCCUGCUUAAAGUUUCCAGCCACUUUAUCAAAAAAAUAAAAAUGUCUGAUUGGUAUGUGACGUUAUUCUAAAGUUAUUUCCAGCACACAACAAAGUUUAACUGAACCUAAAUUAGUUGGAAGCUCUGUGCUGUUCAGUCUGCAGAAGUUGUAAAACGUCGACGUACCCUCUUGUGUGUGCGUGCGUGCGUGCGUGUCUCGGUACGAGAGCCAGCCAGCCAGCGGAGUGAUGAUGGCUGGGGAGGAAGAGCCGACACUCACAGAGGAAUGAGAACUUGUCGGGGAUGGCGGACAAACCUCUGACACUGUUCGUGAAGCUGUUUGCCGCCGGCUUUUACGGUCUUAGCUCGUUUCUGAUCGUCGUGGUGAACAAGAGCGUCCUCACCAACUACAGGUUUCCUUCUUCAAUAUGUGUAGGAAUAGGACAAAUGUUGGCCACAGUGGUUGUGCUGUGGGUGGGCAAGGCUGCGAGGGUGAUCAGCUUCCCUGACUUUGAUGAGAGCAUACCUCGCAAGACGUUUCCUCUACCUCUCCUUUAUGUGGGAAAUCAAAUCACUGGUCUCUUUGGAACCAAAAGGCUGAAUCUGCCGAUGUUUACUGUCCUCAGGAGGUUCUCCAUCUUAUUCACGAUGCUGGCUGAGGGAUUUCUGCUCAAGAAGAAGUUCUCCAGGCCAGUACAACUGACAGUAUUUACAAUGAUCCUUGGGGCGUUUAUCGCUGCAAGUGCUGACUUGUCCUUUGACCUCCAAGGCUACGUAUUCAUACUCAUGAAUGAUGUUCUGACUGCUGCCAAUGGAGCCUAUGUGAAACAAAAAUUAGAUGCAAAGGAGUUAGGGAAAUAUGGAUUAUUGUAUUAUAAUGCAUUAUUUAUGAUCAUUCCUACUCUGCUGUUGGCUCAUGUGACUGGAGAUAUGCAGAAGGCUGUGGAAUAUGAUGGUUGGUCGGAUGCGCUUUUCCUCUCCCAGUUUAUCCUCUCUUGUAUCAUGGGGUUUGUUCUGAUGUAUUCCACUGUGCUCUGUACGCAAUACAACUCCGCUUUAACAACUACGAUCGUGGGAUGCAUCAAGAAUGUCCUGGUGACAUACAUUGGGAUGGUGUUCAGUGGAGACUACAUUUUUUCUUGGACUAACUUCAUAGGGUUGAACAUCAGUAUUGCUGGCAGCCUGGUGUACUCGUACAUCACUCUCACGGAGGAGCAGUCCAGCAAAGCGAGUGAAAACACCAAGCUGGACAUCAAGGGCAAAGUGGUUGUAUGACAGACACUGGAUUUUAUUAUUUUUUACGCUGACAAACAGGAAAAAUUCUAUUUUUAGUACGACUUUUAUUUAUGGAGUUUUUUAGCAGCAAAGGCGUUGGAUUGGUGGGCUCAGAGCCACGCCAUCACCAUGCCUCUCCUGCUGCUGCCAUGGUUACGAAACCCUCCAGAGGGAUUGUAGGUUGAUUUUUAGAUGGUGUUUUCUCUCUAAAUAUUCAUAUUUUGAUACUGUACUUGGCAGUAUUGAGAACAAGGGAACAUGGAACCAGUACUAUUUAUAUUAAAACACGUCUUGAUAUUUAGACACGUAGAACAUUUAAAGACAAAUGUUAAGGUGACAUUAUGUUUCUUGAACACAGGUGUGAACAGCUGGAAUUGUCAGCUGUUUUAAGUGUGUACUGUCGAAUGAUGGGAAUAUUUGGGUUUUUUAAAGGCACAAUCCUUAUUUGUUAUGGCCUUUUCUGUUUUGCUGUUUACAAGGAAUGUAACUUCCGAUGCCUUCUGAGCACAGUGAGAUGCACUGACACUGUCAUUUUCUGUUUUCAGUCUUUAGCCCAGUACGUUUCUUUAGAUUUUUUUUUUUUUUUUUUUAAAUCCUCAAACACUGUUCUAAGCCUGCUACAGAUGAACGUUAACGACAGCAAUCUAACCUCAUCCUUCAAACAACCAAAGUGGAUGUGCGAUGGGCUGUCACUUCCCAUCAAGGAUUGUGGCUUUAAAUGAUGUCGCUGCCUCCUUUUUGGGAGAAAAUUUAAGAUAACAGUUUACAUUUUGCUCCCUCAGUAUUACAGAAUGCUCAGUAUGGACUCUUUAAGGCUGCAAAUGGUUUUCUCUAUGCAGGUUUAACAAACAGGAGGUAUGGUUUGGUAUUUGUACAAGGGGAUCCAUUUGUCUUAUUAUUUUUUUGUUUUCUGGACACAAUAAGUUGUUUUCCACUGCAAGAACUUGCGGGCUGUUUUGGGAAAUCUUUAUGCAGGCUUUUAAUGCAAGAACUAUCCCUAUAGAGCAUCAUUCUGUGCUGUUUUUUGGGGAGAAAAUAGUACCUGCUUUGGGGUAGAUACUCCUGAGUGAUUGUGGUUAAAGUGGGAGAAGAUGAGGCUGCUAAGUUAUACGUGAAAAGGACAAGCGCAAUUUUUUUCCUGCUAUGAGUAUCAGUCUUCUCUUGAACAUCCUCAUUAAUAACCAAUAACUAGUAUUUGUAAUUGUUUUAGAGAAGCUCUUGGAUCCCACAAAACAGAAAAAACUACAAAGACACAUAAGGGGGCCAUAAACUGCCCCGAGUUCCUGCAGUGUAAAGCCGCUUAAUGUUAUCGCACUUUUAACUGAGGUAGCACCUGAAAAAUGGUGGAAACAAAUUGCAUCACCUCCUGUUGUAUUCUUUGUUGAGAAUGAGAUUAAUGUACACUCCUGAAAUGUUUUUAAGUAUUGCAACUUGGUUAUUUAAAUGUUUAAUAAUCAGGUAUGAGUAUUUCUGUUUUUUAAAAAACAUUUUUAUCUACGUCAUUUUGUAUUUAUUACUUUUUCAGACUAACUCAUUUUGUAGGUGGAGUGGCUUGUGAAUUGUUGAUGCUGAUCUCAUCUCAAAGACGGUAACCAUGGAUUUGUAGCUGAAACACAGUGAUGUAUUUUUACAUUAAAAAAACGUCUCUUGAGACGUUUAUUGCUGUUC